GUUGGACUCUUCCAACUCGGCUUGCUGUUAUUAUUGGGGGAAGAUUGCAGCUGAGCUGUGUUGGUAGAACCGUUUUCAUGUAGCUAGCUUUAUAAGUCAAACAGAAGUGUGGAUGAAGUUUUCGUCAACGGAUGUAUAUUCAAACGCUUGUUUUAAUUCGUUUACAUCGGCAUUAUCAGUUUUCACGUCGAAGAACAUAUUGCACAACACAAGCGUUUGUGAUAUCUUGGCCUGAAACUCCGGGCCUUGGACUCAAGUAAAGUUCGAAGCGGACUCUAAACUUCUGCUUUCUCAAAGACCGCUAUCCGCGGGGCCGGGGCUCUUGUCGCUGGCCCUGUGGAUGAGGAAGUGAAGAUACAGAAUCCACCCAGGUAAAUUAGAAAGAUUUUAGUAAACCGUUACAAUUUACAGAAAGUACUUGAAUUGAUUUGCACGAUGUGUGGCUCACGUCACGUAGCUAGCUAGCUACCGGUAGCAAACAAGUUAAUCGAGGAAAACAUUAGCUAGCUAACGUUAACUAGCUAGCUCGACAACUUCCCUGUCAGGCGAUGUAAUCUAACGUUAGUCAUCCUAGUUAGCUGUCGUUGUUUGCAAAUUGGUCGAUUGUUAUCAAAUAAUGAGUUUGCUAGCUCAGAUACAUGUCUACGUCGUUAACCAACUAACUAACACGUUAACGUUAGCUAGCUGUCAACUUCUGUCAUGAACCGACUAUUUAGCUCGUUAGCUGUGCAAGCUAGUAGGGUGUCAUGUUGAUUUGGAUCGCGGUGUUUAGCUAGCUAAUGACCAUAGGCAUAGAUUCGAAUGUUAUAGCUUAAUUAGCUAGAUAAGCUUGCAUUACUAACUAGCUUGAACGACAGCCUCAUGGGUUCGUUCCAUUAGUUUUCAAUCACUUUUUGACCGCACCCCAUUUGGUUUGAAUGACACUUUCUAUAUUUGCCCAUAUAGUAGAGGUGGUCAGAGUGCCAAAACAUUUAGUAGGUAAAGGGGUGCUCAAAUUUGACCAAUUCUGCAUACGGGCAAUUACACAGUAACGGACAUUUGUCAGACUCAGAAAGGACUAGCUACUUUUAACAACUUCCACUGAACAUUAAAAGUUGUCAUUGUGCAUAAAGUUAUAUGGUUUGUUUAGCUUUGCAAUUAUAGUUUUUUGUUUGACAUUUUAAUGUGAAAAAUCUGAGUCUCACCCUACAUUGUCUAAUAAAUCAGACAUUGAUACUAAUUGUUGGUAUAGUCUGAAACAAAGUACUAUAAAAUUGUGGACAUUUUCCUUACAAGCCAGAAUGUUGAAUAAAAUUACAUUUGAACUUACUCUACCGGUUGUCUCUGCGGUUGGUCCUUCAGCUGGUCGAAAUUUUACUUAAAAUAACCACAGGAAAGUAUUGUUUACCAAACUUACUGAAGUUGAAAUUUCUAUAACCUGCCACAUGUAAAGUGUUAGAAUGCAUGCAUUGUGUGCAUGUACUUCCGUCAUAAGCAAACACAUUUUGAUUGCCACACACAUAGACCCGCGUUUUGUUUAAUAAUACUUUCCUGUAGAUAUUGUCUCAAAUUUCGACCAGCUGAAGGACCAACACCACUUGACAAUCGGCAGAGUAAGUUCAAAUAUAAUUGUAUUCAACAUUCGCGACAGACAAGGGACGUUUAGUUUUUUAUAUAUAAAUGUGUGUGGCAUUGCCUAUACAAUUGAAGGCAUCACCAUGUUUCGUGACAACACCCUACCACAGCCAUGUCUUCAUCAAUGUAAAAGAUAAACGGUUGAGUUUGAUAUAAUUUAAAAGCUUACAAACAGGAUUGUCAAACUACACUGAACCAAAAUAUAAACGCAACAUGUAAAGUGUUGGUCCCAUGUUUCAUGAGCUGAAAUAAAAGAUCCCAGAAACUGUCCAUACAGACAAAAAGCUUAUUUCUCUCAAAUGUUGUGCACAAAUGUGUUUCCAUCCCUGUUAGUGAGCAUUUCUCCAUUGCUAAGAUAAUCCAUCCACCAGACAGGUGUUGCACAUCAAAAAGCUGAUUUAAACAGCAUGAUUAUUACACAGGUGUAACUUGUGCUGGGGACAAUAAAAGGCCACUCUAAAAUGUCUAUCACACAACACAAUGCCAUAGAUGUCUCAAGUUUUGAGGGAGCGUGCAAUUGGCAUGCUGACUGCAGGAAUGUCCACCAGAGCUGUUGGCAGAGAAUGUAAUGUUAAUUUCUCUACCAUAAGCCGCCUCCAACAUCGAUUGAGAGAAUUUGGGAGUAUGUCCAACCGGCCUCACAACCUCAGACCAUUUGUAUGGCGUUGUGUGGGCAAGCGGUUUGCUGAUGUCAACAUUGUGAACAGAGUGCCACAUUGUGGGGUUAUGGUAUGGGCAGACAUAAGUUAUGGACAACGAACACAAUUGCAUUUGAUCGAUUGGCAAUUUGAAUGCACAAAAAUACCUAGACGAGAUCCUGAGGCCCAUUGUGGGGGGGGGGGGGGGGGGUUGUCUGUCACCGACAGAUGCAUAUCUGUAUUCCCAGUCAUGUGAAAACCAUAGAUUAGGGCCUAAUGAAUUUAUACUGCACAAAAAUAUAAACGCAACAAUUUCAACGAGCAUAGGUCCACCCACUUAGGAGCCAGGCCCACCCACUGUGAAGCCAGGCCCAGCCAAUCGGAAUGAGUUUUUCCCCACAAAAGGGCUUUAUUAAAGACAGAAAUAUUCCUCAGUUUCAUCAGCUGGUCUGAAUGGCUUAUCUCAGACGAUCCCACAGUUGAAGAAGCUGGAUGUGGAGGUCCUGGGCUGGCGUGGUUACACGUGGUCUGCAGUUGAGGUCGGUUGGACGUACUGCCAAAUUCUCUAAAACUAAUUCGGGGCCGGUUGGACAUACUGCCAAAUUCUCUAAAACGACGUUGGUAGAGAAAUGAACAUUACAUUCUCUGUUAACAGCUCUGGUGGACAUUCCAUUUUAGAGUGGCCUUUUAUUGUCCCCAGCACAAGGUGCACCUGUGUAAUGAUCAUGCUGUUUAAUCAGCUUCUUGAUAUGCCACACCUGUUAUCUUGGCAAAGGAGAAAUGCUCACUAACAAGGAUAUAAACACAUUUGUGCACAAAUUUGAGCGAAAUAAGCUUUUUUGCGUAUGGAACAUUUCUGGGAUCUUUUAUUUCAGCUCAUGAAACAUGGAACCAACACUUUACAUGUUGUUUAUAUUUUUGUUCAGUAUAUUUCAAUUGACUAAUUUCCUCAUAUGAACUGUAACUCAGUAAAAUCGUUGAAAUUGUUGCAUGUCGACUAACCUGUACCCCCGCACAUUAACUCGGUACCGGUACCCCCUGUAUAUAGCCUCGUUAUUUUAUUGUUACUUUUGUAUUUUAUUUGUUACUUUAGUUUAUUUAGUAAAUAUUUUCUUAACUCUAUUUCUUGAACUGCAUUGUUGGUUAAGGGCUUGUAAGUAAGCAUUUCACGGUAAGGUCUACACCUGUUGUAUUCAGCGCAUGUGACGAAUAAAAAUUGAUUUUUGUUAAGUAUUUUGAAAUUUCUUGAUAAACGUGUUUGGAUUUUUUAACCUUUAACAUAAAUGAUCAAAAAAACGAGUUAAGUCAGUUUUUUUUUUCAUUUUCGCAUAUGUUGUAGCGUAGAACCCUAUUUUAUAUGAGGUUUUUGUGUUGUGCCCACCGUCGGUUGUUACACAGCAUACUCUUGAAUACAGGAUGGGUGUUAUGUCAAUCAUAGAUAUAUAAUUCAUAGAAUGGACUUACCCCUUCAGACCACUGCAAUUUAACUGGUGCAUCAUUGAUAUUUAAAUUGAAAUUACAUUUUAACUUCCAAUUACUACCACAAAGAUGGCAGCUUGUCCACCCACCAUCGAAUGUCAACUUAAAUGGGAAUGUCGGUUCUAUUAUCUAUAUUUCUAUGGAGGACUGACAGUAUAAUUUAAAACAAAUAAUAUUCCCAUUCAAGUCAACAUUCUUUGAUGUGUGGACCUCCAACCAUAUUUGUGCUACCAUUUGAAAGUUGAAAUUAAAAUGUUAUUCCCAAUUUUGUGCAUUUAUCACACCCACCCUGUAUUCAAGAGCAUGCUUAGUCUCAGCCGAUGGCGGGCACAACACAAACAUCUCAGAUUAUGUUAAAUAGGGUCUAAAAUACAACAUGUGAAAAUGAAAAAAAUCGGAGUUUACGCGUUUUUAGAUAAUUGACGUUAAAGUACAUACUUUUUAUCCAAAUAGUUUGACAACCCUGUUCAGAAGCUUUAGAAUUAUUUCAAACUGAACCGUUUUAUAUUUUCCAGUGAUGAAGACAUGGAUGUCUCAUGGUAGGGUGGGGGUAUGCAAAAUGGGUCAUCUUUAAGCACCUCUAUCUUCUAAAUGUUUCGGCAUUCAGGUCCAAAAAGUUACUUUCUGACCUACUUUCUGACCACUUCUACCAUGGGCAAAUAUGUAUAGAAAGUUUCAUUCAAAUUAAAAAGGGUGCGGUCAAAAAGUGAAUGAAAUCAAAUGGCACGACCCAAUGUAAACAACAUUUAGCUUGUAAUGCAGUCUGAUUCUUGUUUGAAUUAGUUUGCUUAGUGAGUGACUAAUUUUGUUGUGUGCAAUACUCAGAUUUUACAGGAGAAAGGAACCCUUUGAUGGGAGAAUCCUCUAUCCUGGACUCCUGGGUGAAUCAACGUGUCAAGAUGAGUAUGUGUACAUCCUCCCACACACUUUCUCCCAACACAUAGAAGCAGUUGUAAUACAGUUGAAGUCGGAAGUUUACAUACACUUAGGUUGGAGUCAUUAAAACUCGUUUUUCAACCACUCCACAAAUGUAUUGUUAAGUCGGUUAGGACAUCUACUUUGUGCAUGACACAAGUAAUUUUUCCAACAAUUGUUUACAGACAGAUUAUUUCACUUAUAAUUCACUGUAUAACAAUUCCAGUGGGUCAGAAGUUUACAUACACUAAGUUGACUGUGCCUUUAAACAGCUUGGAAAAUUCCAGAAAAUGAUGUCAUGGCUUUAGAAGCUUCUGAUAGGCUAAUUGACAUCAUUUGAGUCAAUUGGAGGUGUACCUGUGGAUGUAUUUCAAGGCCUACCUUCAAACUCAGUGCCUCUUUGCUUGACAUCAUGGGAAAAUCUAAAUAAAUCAGCUCCUUGGGAGCAAUUUCCGAACUCCUGAAGGUACCACGUUCAUCUGUACAAACAAUACUACGCAAGUAUAAACACCAUGGGACCACGCAGCCGUCAUACCGCUUAGGAAGGAGACGCGUUCUGUCUCCUUGAGAUUAACGUAAUUUGGUGUGAAAAGUGCAAAUCAAUCCCAGAACAACAGCAAAGGACCUUGUGAAGAUGCUGGAGGAAACGGGUACAAAAGUAUCUAUAUCCACAGUAACAAGUCCUAUAUCGACAUAACCUGAAAGGCCGCUCAGCAAGGAAGAAGCCACUGCUCCAAAACCACCAUAGACUAUGGUUUACAACUGCACAUGGGGACAAAGAUUGUACUUUUUGGAGAAAUGUCCUCUGGUCUGAUGAAACAAAAAAUAGAACUGUUUGGCCAUAAUGACCAUCGUUAUGUUUGGAGGAAAAAGGGGGGUCUUGCAUGCCGAAGAACACCAUCCCAACCGUGAAGCACGGGGGUGGCAGCAUCAUGCUGUGGGGGUGUUUUGCUGCAGGAGGGACUGGUGCACUUCACAAAAUAGAUGGCAUCAUGAGGAAGGAAAAUUAUGUGGAUAUAUUGAAGCAACAUCUCAAGACAUUAGUCAGGAAGUUAAAACUUGGUCGCAAAUGGUUCUUCCAAAUGGACAAUGACCCCAUGCAUACUUCCAAAGUUGUGGCAAAAUGGUUUAAGGACAACAAAGUCAUGGUAUUGGAGUGGCCACCACAAAGCCCUGACCUCAAUCCUAUAGAAAAUAUGUGGGCAGAACUGAAAAAGCGUGUGCGAGCAAGGAGGCCUACAAACCUGACUCAGUUACACCAGCUCUGUCAGGAGGAAUGGGCAAAAAUUCACCCAACUUAUUGUGGAAAGCUUGUGGAAGGCUACCCAAAACGUUUGACCCAAGUAAUAAUUGAGUGUAUGUAAACUUCUGACCCACUGGGAAUGUGAUGAAAUAAAUACAAGCUGAAAUAGAUAAUUCUCUCUACUAUUAUUCUGACAUUUCACAUUCUUAAAAUAAAAUGGUGAUCCUAACUGACCUAAGACAGGGAAUCUUUACUAGGAUUAAAUGUCAGGAAUUGUGAAAAACGGAGUUUUAAUGUAUUUGGCUAAGGUGUAUGUAAACUUUCGACUUCAACUGUACAUCUGACCUGUCAUGACAUUAGGAUGGCUUCUGGCCAUAUCUUAUCAUCUAAGGUGCCCUGGGAAUGCUUUGCAAUACUCUCUGUUCUAUGGCUAAGAAUGGAACAUAGAACAACAGAGAAUUUUCUAUGGCUUCUAUUCUGUGUUUUCUGUUCUAAGCUUUCUAUCUGCCCCAAACAGAUGAACAGGAGGCACUGAACUCUAUAAUGCAGGACCUGGCCGAACUGCACCGCUCCAGCCGCCCUGCCAUGACCCUAUCUGACCUGGGCAAACCCAAGGCCUCUUCACCCAAAAAUCAGGUCUGUCCACUUGCCCCUCUCAUCAGAGAAUAGUCUCAAUACAAUAAAUGGCAUUUCUCUUCCUCAUCACUUUUCCUCUCGUGUGUGUGUGUGUACAGAACGAUGUACGAGUGAAGUUUGAGUUCAAAGGGGAGAAGAGGAUCUUGCAGUUCUUUCGCCCAGUCAGGCUGGAUGACCUGGGGAACAAAGCCAAAGUGGCCUUCGGUCAGGCCAUGGACCUGCAUUACACCAACAAUGAGGUACUUAUCACAGAUAACAUCAUCACCAAGUCACAGUGGGGCUGGGCGGUAUACCGUAUUUUACGAUAUUACAUUUUUACAUUUUUAGUCAUUUAGCAGACGCUCUUAUCCAGAGCGACUUACAUGAGCAAUUAGGGUUAAGUGCCUUGCUCAAGGGCACAGCGACAGAUUUUUCACCUAGUCGGCUCGGGGAUUAGAACCAGCGACCUUUCGGUUACUGGCACAACGCUCUUCACCACUAAGCUACCUGCCGCAGCGACCUUUCGGUUACUGGCACAACGCUCUUCACCACUAAGCUACCUGCCGCCCCAUGAUAUACCGGUAUUGAUGCACAGACCAGUUUGGGUUUUAACUUUACCUUCUAUAACAGUAUUUUAAUGUUUGGUUUGUUACAUGUGAUAUGACGUGGGUAACGUCCAUUUUUAUAGUUUACUUCGCUACUUGAGUCAUCUCUCUCCGCUCUCUCUCUCCAUGCCGCUUUCCACACAGACCUAGCCCUGUCACUCAAGGAGCGCAUUUGUUGUUCCUCGACCACGAGACACUUGCGUUCAGUCUGCAUGGUCAAUGCAGCACAUGCUACAAUGAUGUUGAUGACAACGAUGCUGUUUUCACUUUGCUUCUUAAUAUAAAUCCACAAGCGUUUUAUAAUUACACUAUUAGUUUGUGUUUCUUACAUCUGCAAACAGGUAGUUUGUCUUUUCAUAGCAAGUUGGGCCUAAAUCUUGUUAGCCGCUAAUGCUAAUUGCUAAUUAGCUGGCUAGCUAGCUAAUAAAUGUACUGAGUCAGAGCAAACGUAGCUAGCUAUACAGCCUGAUAAUACCAGUGAUGGUGUAGACCUAAAUCAGCAUGUUUGUGCAACAGUAUCUUCUAAAUAAAGAGGAAUACCUGAAGCAUGAAUGUUAGCUACAUGUGGUAGCUAAGAGAGAAUAUUCAAUGUAAGCCAAAGAUUAUAGGGUCCCCUAGAAAACACUUAUCAACACUUUGGUUCCUACCCUGUCACAAUAAUAACUCCUCCUUGGUAUUUUUAUUCCGUUGUCAUGUCAAACAACACCGUAUUCAAAGUGCCCACUAUUAUAUUCUAACUAUAGAAUUAGAAUGAUCAUUCUAUUUCCAUGAUUCCAACAGUUCACCCAAGUGUUUGGCUUUAAAUUGCAAAUCAAAUCACAGUUGCAACAUUUGGUUAAAAUUAAAGAUUGUUCGCCCAUAUCGUGCAGCCCUUCGUGGCAGUGUGGAGAUCUCAAAUGAGUGCAGGAAAUGCAGAAAUUGAUGAAAAUGCUGAAAAUAAUUUUAGGGUUGAAUUGAACAGUAUAAAACAAUCAGAAUGGAGAAAGACCCAUUGAAAUCACUUAGAAUGUAUGUGUUGCCACUCUAGGGUCACGCACUACUCAUAAAGCAAAUUUAGAACUUUUAUUAUUCCUAACAUAAAAUACCGUCAUACCGUCCAAUAUGUUGUAAAUACUGUGAUAUGAUAUUUGGGCCAUAUAGCCCAGCCCUCAGUCACAGUGUUGGUCUCUGGCAGUCAAAUAAGCACCAAAAGCCAAUCACCAAAAUGUGUGAGCGAGAGAAUGAAUUGUUCUGUGAGAAACUACCAAUAUAUUUCUUUUCUAUUUCACUUCCUUCUCUUGCUGCCGUUUCCCUCUCAUUUCUUCCUCUUUUUCUAAUCUGAUCUGUCCGUUUCCCUCUCUGUGGUUCUCUCCCCUCCUCCCUCCCAGCUGGUGAUUCCUCUGACCACUCAGGAUGACCUGGACAAGGCCGUGGAGCUGCUGGAUCGCAGCGUCCACAUGAAGAGCCUGAAGAUCCUCCUGGUGCUCCAGGCCUCCUCUCAGGUUAGGACCAGGCAGUUCACAGCCCAUAUUCACAAAGCAUCACUGAGUAGGAGUGCUGAUCUAGGAUCAGUUUAGCCUUUUAGUUGAGCCUUUUAGGUAAUAAUGAAGACGAUUGUCUGUACAGAUCCUAGAUCAGUACUUCUACUACUUCCAUCAACAGCUCACUAUGCUCAGCACAUACACUUUCUUUCUUGAGUAUUUACUUUAAUGAAUCAUCUUGAGACCUUUGUUUGAGCUGACAAUGUUUUAUUCUGUAAAAGAAACGGUUGUAUAGUAAAGCUGUUUUGAUAUGGAUGGAUGAUGUUGAUGGUGUUUAAUUUCUCCUCUCAGACCUCCACAUCCAGCAUGGACCUGCUGCCCCCACACGAAGACCUGGACAACACACGCUUCAGGGCCACAGACCAUAAAAGCAUGCUGGCUUUGAUAGGUGGGUCAUCUACUCUGUGGUGUUUCCAAUGACUACUAUAUCUGUGUGUGUAAUUAAUUAAUCUGUGAAAUUGUUGUCCUUCUAGUAAAUACUUUCCAUUUCUUUCAAUUUCUCAAAAUCCAUUUGCUUCAUGGCAUUAGAAACAGCCAAAACACCUUGUCUUUCACCACCGGUCUAGUAGUAAGUCUUCAGCUAGAAAUGUAUGUAAUUCUCUUUCAUCCAGGGUCCCACUCCGGCGACCGCAGCUCCCCCCCUCCAGGCUACAUUCCUGAUGCCCUCCAGCAGGUGGCCAGAAAUGGCUCCUUCACCAGCAUUAACAGCGAGGGAGAGUUCAUUCCAGAAAGCAUGGACCAGGUAACCUCACCUAUAGAGAUGGAUAGAGGACUCUAGAUGGAUAGAUGUAGGCUAACCCGUUUUAGCAUGGAUAUUGCCAUUGAGGGCUUCCACCAUUUUAAAGUAGUCAACUGGGUGGGGAUUCCUAUGGGUUGGGAGGGAUCAGCCAAUAAUCAGAGCAUUGUCUUCUUCAAAUUGGGUUGCCUAUAGUUUGGUAAAUAGCUUUUAAGCUAUGUCACCGCUAUGUAGUGUCCACAAUAAAUGAAUGAUGCACACGAUUUUGUCCAGGACUCCAGCACUGCAGGUGGCGGUAAAUCACAAAUAUUAGCUUUACGCUUUAUUUAUACACAAAAGAUGAAGAAAAUGGACUACUUUAAAAUGGAGAGGGCCUCAAUGGCACUGACUGUGCUGUCAGUCACCAUAAUGGCACAGAUACAAAGAGGAGUCUUCUAUCGAUCUCUAUGACCUAACCACACCUCAGUAACCUCACCUUAGAGACUAGGGAUAGAUGGAGACAGGGGCCCAGAUCAGGAACAGUCAUACUAAGGCCUAGUCCCAACACUCUUGCCUACUCUUAACUGUCCUUCAUUACCACUGUUAAGAAACAUAUUAUGAACUGUUAUGAACAUUUUAUGAACAUGUUCAGAGUAUGACAAAUGACAGCAGAGUCACAAACUCAAUCUCUCCUUUCUAGAUGCUGGACCCUCUGUCGAUGAGCAGUCCAGAGAACUCUGCAUCGGGGAGUUGUCCCUCACUGGACAGCCCACUGGACAGGUGAGUCCUGAACAUCCAGCCAAGAACCAUACAACACCUAGCCAGCAUGCAUUGCGGUAAUUUUCAACACUACAUAUCUUCUGAAAUGUAACAGUUUUUAAAGCAUGUACUCCUCCUAUAUUUCCUUGCAGUGAUAACUAUCCUAAGUCACGUAUGCCCCGAGCACAGAGCUACCCAGACAACCACCAAGUCUACCCAGAGUACGAUAUUCCAGUGUUUGAGAAGUCGGGGAAAGGGGGGACUUACCCACGGCGAUACCACAUUUCCUUUGGCCUUCAGGACUACAGUGAUGGUGAGCGAACAAACAAGAACAGACCCUCACUAAAACACAGGCCAUAUUCAAUUAAACCUUAAAUCCGGGUGUCCCAAGUCCGAUUCUUUAUUUUAGAGCAUCACAGAGAAUUAUUGUUUUCCUUCAUUCUCUCUCUCCCUCUCCCCAUCCUCCCCUGCAGGGCGUAAGACGUUCCCUCGAGCGCGGCGGACCCAGGUCCACGGUUUCCAUUCCCCGGUCAGUUUCAGCCCCACAGAGCAGUCUCCCAGCACCAGCAGUGGCAGCAGCAUCUUCACCCCAGACCUGGAGGAGCCCGGGGGUCGCCGGCGCAGGGGCAGCGACAUCGAGCCCAACCCCACCCUCUCCGUUAUGGACAUCAGCCCACCCAGCCGCUGUGAGUAGAGCUGGAUGGAGGGAGGGAAAGGAGAGAUGGAGAAUGGAGAGAAGGAUACUUAUGUGGGGGUGGAAGGGUGGAAGGAUAGCUGGUCUGGCCGGGUAUCUGCUAAGCACUUUGCAACAAACGUAUUUCUUAAAAGCGCACACAAAUGACAUGAUUGUUUUCCCCCCCCAUGUCUGUUCAGCUCCACGUGCCCCUACUAACUGGCGGAUAGGGAAGCUGCUGGGUCAGGGUGCGUUUGGCCGGGUCUUCCUCUGCUACGAUGCAGACACUGGCAGAGAGCUGGCUGUUAAACAGGUCCAGUUUGACCCAGAGAGUCCCGAGACCAGCAAGGUGAGUGGAACAGAAAUGGUGUUUGUGUGUUGAGAGUGUCUACACUGUGUACUCAAUAAGUAUUGUCUAUCUGCAGGAGGUAAGUGCCCUGGAGUGUGAGAUCCAGUUACUGAAGAACUUGUGCCAUGAACGGAUCGUCCAGUACUACGGCUGUCUACGAGACUCCAACGAGAGAACACUGUCCAUCUUUAUGGAGUACAUGCCAGGGGUAAGUGUGUAGUGUUUUUUGUGUCUGUGUAUACGUUUGAAUAACUGGACUUAGACCAACUCAAACCUGUCUCCGUCAACCAGUGUGGCGAUGUAGGCUGCGUUCCAGGAUGUAUUUGUUGCAGUCAAGUUUCACAGAUGAUCAGCACGACGCUACUGUAGUAAAGAUGACCUGGAACGGACCCGCAGGUUGCUUUAACGCUCAUAUGGUUAACCUCUGUCCCAAGGGCUCCAUCAAAGACCAGCUGAAGUCGUACGGGGCCUUGACUGAAAACGUGACGCGUAGAUACACCCGUCAGAUCCUGGAGGGAGUGUCCUACCUACACAGCAACAUGAUCGUCCACAGAGACAUCAAAGGUACAGAAGGAGAGAGGGAAACAUGGAUGGAAUAUUGGAAUAAAAUGUUGAUGGAUUCAAAUAGGAAGGACCAUUAUCAUGACUCAUAGAGUUCUGGGCCAUGUUCUGGUUCAUGGAGUUCUUAUGACCGAAUGUUGAUGGAUAUUGAAGGGAACAUUGCCUUAACAGAAGCAGUGACUUCUGGGUAAUGUCGUUUCUUAUGAGAGAAUGUACCUAAACCCCCCCCUCCCUCUUCACUUCCCCUGUCCCUCCCUCUUUCCCUCCAUCUAUCUCUCCAGGGGCCAACAUCCUGCGGGACUCUGUGGGAAACGUGAAGCUGGGGGACUUUGGGGCGAGCAGGCGGUUACAGACCAUCUGUCUGUCAGGAACAGGGAUCAAGUCAGUGACUGGUACUCCCUACUGGAUGAGCCCAGAGGUGAUCAGUGGAGAGGGCUAUGGGAGGAAGGCUGAUAUCUGGUAAGACUGAUUAUUACUGAGGCAGACUUAUCAGCAAAAUAGUUUCCAACUCUUUCAAACCACUGGCUGAGACUUAAAGCCCCCAUGCAGUCUUUGUAAUUUUUUAAAUCAUAAAUCACUAUUUAAUGAAAAUAACUCAAAUAUAUAUCUUAUUUAUUUCCCUGAGCUUCCUUCACCCUUGCUCUGACUGAUUGUGUGGGCGUUAGGAAACACAAAUUUGAAGAUAUUUAUAUACACAGCCCUGUUUGGCUAAAUGGUCUAGAGCCCACCCCCUUACCCAGAGGAACAGUCAUUGGUCUAUUAUAAUCAGAUCACAUUGUGACGUCAUGAUGUGGGCCAAAAGUUCCAUCCCACCUGAACAGGCUGAUAUUUUUUUUCAAACAGCUCUUACACCAAAAGCUCUUUAUCAUUUUUACAAUUUCAGACUUAUUUUGACCUCAUAGUGUGGAAAUAUCAUAAAAAACAUGAACAUCUAGUUUUUAACUACACUUCCCCCGUUAAGAGGUUUCUACCAUAUGAUUUCCGAUAAAGUCUCUUUAAAUUUGUGGUCAGAAAGGAGAGGGGAUCAGGAAAGGAAGCUAUUGAAGACAAGUGUAACAGCCACUGAGAAAAAGUAUCUCCUUUUUUGUCAUGUAAAUCUUGGUGAGAUGAGAACCAAUAACGAUCUUGAUUGAGGGGAAUAUGGGAUGAGUGGUGGGAGGAGCUAUAGGAGGAUGGGCUCAUUUUAAGGGCUGGAAUUGAAUUAAUGGAACGGAGCAUCCAUAUGUUUGUGUUUCAUACCGUUCCAUAGAUUCCAUUCCAGCCAUUACAAUGAGCCUGUCCUCCUAUAGCUCUUCCCACCAGCCUCCUCUGGUGGGAUGUCAUGUCAACUGUUGAUAAUGAUGAUGUUGGCUAAUGUCAGUGGUCUCCUCUCCAGGAGUGUGGGCUGCACGGUGGUGGAGAUGCUGACCCAGCGGCCCCCCUGGGCCGAGUUCGAGGCCAUGGCAGCCAUCUUUAAGAUCGCCACCCAGCCCACCAACCCCUCGCUGCCCGCCCACGUCUCCGACCACGGCCGCGACUUCCUCAAGCGCAUCUUCGUGGAGACCAAGCUGAGGCCCUCGGCCGACGACCUUCUGAGGCACAUCUUUGUUCACUAG